UUUUUUGUAGUGUGAGGCCAUGCAUGUGCACACGUACACACACCAGGGGUGUCUGUCUGUCUCAAACAGAAUCAUUACAGUAUCAAUGACUCAAGGCCUCAAUUGGCACGUGCAGUCCACACAGUCGACAAAGAGAGCGCAACAUCCCCAGACGCACCCAUGCCAUCCAUCCUGUCUGUCAACACACACAGCUUAAUUGCCUUAUGCGCUGCGCUGGUCUCUCCACUCCAGAAAUUAAUGGGAAAAUCGACGUACGGCAAAAAUCCCCAACCAAGGUGCAGAUGAAAAAGAGGUGCACGUCUCAUGCACAGUUUCAGUGUCACAAGCAUGCCCCACAUGCAUCACACUCCAUGAAGCAUGAAACUUACUCUCUGGCUCUACUGAUGUUUCAGCAUGCAUAUCAAGGCAACAGACAGAACAAGCAUCCACAAGCAGAGAGGGAAGACAUGGCCACACACAUACAUACUUACACACAACAAAUAUACAUGUCCUGGGUAUGGGACCCUGCAUGACGGACGGCAAGUAAGGCCGCCACACGACGACAAACUCACUCACUCGACAGCAAAAAUCCGACUCACUAGAGGUAAAAACACACGUACGUAGACAGGGAGUGCAUCCAUCCUCCUACUACUGCAUGGAGACCAGAGCGAUCACAUGCGCAUGCACUCCACUCAGCUACGGCGCCAUGAGCCCUUCCACGGCUUUCUGCAGGGCUUCAAUCGGGCCCGGCGCUGCGUUGCUGCCACUGCUGCCCUGCUCCAGGCGAGAAAUGCGCUCCAGUAUGGCGUCAUUGGCCUUCAUCAGCUCUCCAAUCGUCUCGUUCAUGGCCUCAUUGGCCGCCAUCAGGUCCGCCUUGGCCCUCUUCAGGUCCUCAAUCGUCUCGCUCUGGUCUUCAUUGGCCUUGAUGAUGUCUUGUGUGACGCCCAUUUGCGUGUAGAGCAGCUGUGUAAGGUCGAUGGUCAUCUCCUCAGCCGGAGCCUCGGCAGCGGCGGCAUCUGUCGCCCCUUCGCCAUUCCCUCCCUCCUCCUGCUCGUCAUCAUCAGCUUGACGCACGUGUGGCACGAACGUCUUCACAGCCGACGGGAAGAUGUGCUGCACCUCAGCAGCGGCCAGGCCGAGCCGAGCGUCGCCGUCGGCGCGCACACGCAGCUGUCUGAAGGCCUCAUAAGCCGCCGAUCGGUCGCUGUCGCUCCAUUCAGCCAUGGAGGUCGGAAGCUGCUCGCUGUCGGCGCUGUGGAUCUCGAACGCGCCUGCAACCGCCCGGCUGGUGAUGACUCGAGAUCCGCAUUCGCACCUGUGAGCGUCCAGUGUUGGGGCGCGGAGUUCGUCUCGUGCAGUGACAUCGUCAGCAGCUUGGACAUCGUCAUCGGACUGCACGUCCCUUUUUGCUACGACAUCACCUUCGUUCACAACAUACUCUUGGGGGUCGCCCGCCUGCACGCCUGAAAGAUAAGCCAUCUCAGGGAGCUCCAAAGAACACGUCUGGUCUGUGUAAUGGAGCUUACGGCCGCCAAUGACCCUUUCAAAGGCACGCACCACUGGUCCAGCGACUUCCGCACGGGCAAUCACGUUCCCUUCCGACAUGACGUGGGCACCUUUCGCCUCAAUAUUGAAACCGGCCACAAUAUUUCUCUCAGCAACGACAUCGCCAUGGUCCGCUGCUUGGUCAGGAUCGCCCGCGAUAAGGCCUGACCAAGCAGCGUGGAAUAAGAGCUUCGUUCAUUUGUCCGUUGAAUUCGAUCAGCUUACUGUCGAAUGCCUUAACGUCGCCGAUUGCCUCAACGUCGCCGAAUGCCUUAAUGUCGCGACCCCCAACGAUGUCACCAGCCGCCCACAUGCCGGCCUUCGCCGUCACCAUCCGGUCGGCGAUGACAUUCCCUUCAGCCACAAUAUCACCGUCGCCCACGAACGUAUCGGGAUUGCCCGCAACGAUCUCUGCCAGCACAACCACCACAAGCAAGUAGGUGCAUCCAGCGGUGCGUCUGUCUUUCGUCCAUUCCUCCGUUUGGCUCACUCUUGCAACCGCCGUCGUCCUGACGAAUGCAAGCAGUCACACGUUUAGCCCACCCACAUGGGUUCAGGCGUGCUCGUCCGGUGUGUUCACGUGUGUGCCGUUCCUCCGUCAUCACUCACCUCUGGCUUCUCCGGGUCACACACACUUUGUCCACGAUGGACGGUGAAGGCGAGGCAGACACCGACGAGGAGGGCGAGGCGAGGAAAGGCCAUUCUGUCGGAGAAAG